AGACAAUCAAGGUUUUUUUACAUCCAAACUGAUCCCUCACAUUUCCGCUGCCUUUCCAACAUCGCCGGCGGUGAUAACUAAUUAACCAUCCGACAACCUUAAAAAGCUAAUCAUGGAAGCUCAAUUCUUUCGAUUUCUCAAGAUAGUGGGAGUUGGUUUUAAAGCUAGAGCAGAAUCAGAAGGUCGUUUAUUGUUUUUGAAGCUGGGGUACAGUCAUGAGGUGGAAUUAACAGUGCCUCCUGCUGUUAGAGUGUUUUGUUUCAAACCCAAUAUCGUUUGUUGCACGGGAAUAGACAAGCAAAGGGUGCACCAGUUUGCUGCCGCUGUUCGUAGCUGUAAACCCCCAGAGGUUUACAAAGGCAAAGGUAUCAUGUAUAUUGACGAGGUUAUAAAGAAAAAACAAGGAAAGAAAUCGAAAUAAACUUCUGUCGUCUUUUGGCUCUUCUUGUUUCUUAAACUUACAUUCUAGUUUCCUUGCAUUUGUAUGGAUUUGUAUGUGCCUCAACAUUUUGAUUCCUUGGCACUUAUUUUCUAUUCCAAACUGAUCAUCGUUCUAGAGGAUGAGAAAAAAGAAAACACAAUUGUAUCAUAAGAUCAAGUAGUUUUAGUCGGAUGGUGCGAUAACACAUUGUGUUUCGUGUUUUUGGUUCAGAUCGUCUGAUAUUGUAAUCGUAGUCUCAUAGGCUGUGGCUUAGUUGGAGGUUGAAUCCUCUGUUUUGCCUUUGCUAGUCA